AUGGCGUCCAAGGCAUUCCCUGCUCUGGUCCUUCUGGCGCUCGUCUGCGGCCAGCUUGUGGUCGACGGCCAUGCCCAGCCCUACACCGGCGGCGGCCGCAUCAGGGGAGGAGGAUCUGCUCCCGGAAUGCAGCCACCGACUUACCCCACUGCCCAUGCCCACUCCUCCACCAUUGGUAAUCUACCUCUGUUGUUUCUCCGUUUGCUUGCCAUUGAUAAACCAUUUCAUUUUCCUGUCAUUUCCCUGGUUCUGACUGUUGUUUGUUUGCAUGGUCUGUGA